AUGGCUGAAGCUUCUGCUCCUCCUGAUCUCUCAACAUAUCAAUAUGACCCUUGCUGUCCCUUGCCAACUGGAAGGGCAGCAAGGGAUCACGUAAUAAGCAAAGGACCUUGCCGGCCUAGAGAUCAUAUCUUUCCUGUGGAUAAGCGUAAUCGUAAGUUUCUAGUGUCGUGGUACGAAAAAUUCGAUUGGCUCGAGUAUUCAGUAUCAUUAGACAAAGCGUUUUGUUUCGUCUGCAGAGUGUGCAACGCACAGGUGAGUUGUUUUAAGUAUUUUGUAUUAUUUGCGUUUUCAUUCUCGUUAAGAUAUAACUUUGUUACUUAAAUUGCCUGAAUUAUAAACUUGAGCUACUAAAUGUUUAUUAUCUAUCGUACUUAUCGUAUUUUUUGCACUUUUGCAGGUCUCAUUAAGAAGCGAGCCAACAUUUAUCAAGACUGGAUUUUCCAAUUGGAAGAAAGUUGAAAAUCUUUCAAAGCACGAGAAAUCAGAUUGCCACAAGCAUUCAUUGCAAGCGUAUCGUCACUGGAAAUCACAGAAGCCAGUAGAUCAUCAGAUGAGCGAAGAAGCUGAGAGGCAAGAGAGUUAUCGUCAACAAAAUGUACGUCCCUCUAAUAUUUGCUGAUGGAAAACAACUAGCUUGCAUUUAUAAUGUCACUAUAAGAGCCAAAAACAAAGUCAGAAAAAAAAUAUAUUUUUUCUUUAGGUGAAAAAAAAUCGAACUAUUAUUGGAAAAAUUAUUGAUCUUGUGCGACUGUUGGGCAAGCUGAAUUUACCCUUCAGAGGGCAUCGUGAGGAUGAAUCCUCGCUGAACAAAGGUGUUUUUAAAGAAUUUCUAGCACAUGUAGCGAAGUCUGACUCAAUUAUCCAUAACCAUCUAAGUAGUUCUGCAGGUAAUUUAAAUUAUAGCUUUUUUUCAUACACCUGAAUGUUUAAUUUUCUUGAAGUCGAAGAAAACAGUUGUUUUUUUACUUUUGAACACUUACAAAAAGAUUGAAACAAUUAAAAAAUAAACAGUGAACAGUGAUAUCUUUUGAUCAAUGAUAUUGCUAUAUUUUUUCCAUUCAAAAGCAAGAAAAUUGAUAGAUAUUUUGUAGUUAUUUCAAUUACAUGCACGCAAGUUUUAAUAUACAUAUUUUUUAUCGUUUUUAGACAACGCUAGAUAUACCAGUCCAGAAAUCCAAAAUCAGAUGAUUGAGAUAGUUGGUUCAUCCAUUGUAGAUGAAAUUAUACGCCGUGUCAAAGAAGCAGAGCUCUAUGCAAUCAUGGCUGAUGAAACACCUGACAAUAGCAAAACGGAACAGUUGUCUCUACUAAUCCGGUAUGUUUGGAAUGGAACGGUCGAGGAACGCCUUAUAGCAGUUGAACCCAUGGAGGAAACAACAGCUGAAGCUCUAUUCAAUACAGUCCAACGCAAGUUACAGCAAUGUGGAAUAGAAGUUGCUAACAUGCGCGGGCAGUGUUAUGACGGUGCAAGUAACGUGUCUGGGAUCCACACUGGACUGCAAGCGCGUAUCAAAGAGCUUUCACCAUCAGCGCUUUACACGCACUGCUACGCUCAUGUCUUGAAUCUAGUGAUCGUAGACACCAUGACGAACAACACAGUAGCAAAAGACUUCUUUGGAACGCUGCAAAAUUUAUAUGUGUUUAUUGAAUCUUGCCCGAAACGACAUGCUGUGUAUCUGAAACACCAAAGAGAGUUCAAUGCUGCCGUUGAAGGAACAAACAAGCGGGAAUAUGUCCUCAAGAAGUUGUCAGAUACCAGAUGGGCGUGUCGGGCGGACAGCAUCACAGCAAUCUAUAACACAUUCGAAGCGGUAAUCGCAACUCUAAAGGAGGUCAGAGAAAAAGAAAAGAAGCCACAUAUUGCUGCCGAGGCAAAAGGGUUGCUUCAAAAUAUCUACGACUUCGAGUUUAUCUUAGCUUUGGAGGUAUGCACAACUUCAAUAAAUAUAUAUUUAAUUGUAUGUAUUCUUGAGUUCAACGCCUCAUAAUAAUUCGUAUACUUAUGCUCGGGUAUUCAACAAGGUGAAACUUUGACUGACUGUCACCCAUACAAUAUGGGGGCCAUACACCUGCAGAUUUCAGAUUGCUUAUUUGAUUUACCACAGGACGAGAAAAUAGAUUUGCAACAACUUUGCAACGCGGUGCAAAGGUACAAUUGCCGUAAUCGCAUCAAUUUGCUAUUUGAAAAGCAAAUUGGUAAGCAAAAUUUUCACCCUCAAAUUGGUAACUACAAUUCUUUUUUAUGAGAGGAAAAGGGUAUAGGAUAAAUUUGGUUCAAAUUACCUUUCAUUUGCACAAGUGAAUUAGUGGGUAUUUUCGUCCAUAAUUUGGUUUCUAAAUUUGCUAAAAUAUUUGCAACCAUGCAAAUCUGAUGCGAUUACGGCAAUUGCACCUUUCCACCGGGUUGCAAAGUUAGUGCAAAUCUACUUUCUCGUCCCCCCCCCAAAUAACCCCCUAGCUAUGGCCCUGGGUACAUUAUAUGAGAAAUUAUAGAAACUGGGACUUCAGGUUUGAUCACUCGGACUUUAUUAUUAGGAAUGGGAUUAUUUUAUGAGUGUGAGAGUCUUUCAGAACUCAACUCUUCAGACCCUCGGACUUUUGUAUCGUAAAUGUAUAUUCAUUUUAAGGUACUCAAAAAAGUCUUGCUUCUAAGUAAAGGGGUAUCCGAUAAAUUGCAAUCUGAAGACUUGGACGUUGUUACCGGCUGCGAGAGGGUCACAGAUCUGCUCGCCUCAAUCAGGGCUCUUCGGUGCGAACCAAAGUUUGAAGCUUUCUGGGAAAGUACUCUUCAAAAAUGCCGCAUACUAAGUAUUGAAGAACCAAAAGAUGAACGCGUACGUAAGAUUCCUCGGAGAAUUGACGACAAUCCCGAAACCGCCGUCCACCUGUCGCCAAAAGACAAGUUUAGAGUUUCUUUCUAUUAUAAUGUAAGUCACUCGAUUACCGGAUUACGCAUAUGUAUAAUUAUAGGGUUGCCCGCCUAAAUAUAGACUGUCUCUAAUACAAAAUAAAAAGUAAAAGUAGGUGUGCAUUUAAUACUAUCAAACUCAUUAAUAAUUCAUGAGGAAAAUUGAAAAGAAAUACAUGUUUAAUCAGUGUCUGUAUACGCUGAUAAAGAACCGUCCUGAUUUGCAUAAACUUUUCUCGCAAUUUUCUAAGUUUAUAACAUUUAUUUUUUAAACAUAAUUUGAAAACAUGAUUGUCUGUUUGAGGUCGUUUGAUAAGUAAUUUACAAAAUUUGUGUCCGUUCUGUAUCAGUGUACACAGAUACUCGUGCGAAGCACUCGUGUCUGUAUACACUGAUACGGAACGGCCACUUAUUUUGUAAAUAGUACUAAAAGUAGGUGUAUUAAAGAAUGUUUAGAAUUAUUUUCUAUAUUGUAGAUACUAGAUCUUAUGAGCUCCUCAAUUGAAAGCCGUUUCGACAAACAUAAUGCGCCAGUUCUAAAGGGACUUGGAUACUUGGGUCCAUCUCGUUUAGCCAGUCCAGAAGCUUGGGAAAACAUAUCUUUAGCAGUCCAGUGGUUCCAAAGUGACCUAGAUGUUGAUGCAUUAGAGAGCGAAAUCUUUUCUUUGCAGACAUCAUUGCUGCUCACCAAUGUCAAUAAAAAAGCGAAGUCCGAGAAGAGAAAGGCCAGUUUUGACGACCUAUUCAAGGUGUUGCAAACGGAGCCAGAAUGCUACGGAAACGUCAUAAAGCUAAUGAAAAUAACUUUGACACUGCCACUUACCUCAACUAGUGCUGAAAGAGCAUUUUCGAAGUUGAAACUGAUCAAGUCCAGACUAAGGUCAACAAUGAAGCAAGAAAGGCUAGAAAGUCUUAUGCUGAUGUCUGUGGAAGCCGACAUAUUGGAACAGCUUGAUCUGGAAGAGCUUGUAGAAAAAUUUGUAGAUAUGGCUCCAAGAAAAAUGGAUUUAGUUUAA